AUGCCCUCAAUGUUUACUCUACUCUAUAUUUUACUCAUCCUUUUCUCCGUCAGGACUACAAUACUCGAAGCAGCACAAGCAAACAAGUCGGAGAUUGAUCGCCAGGCCCUCCUCUGCUUCAAGUCCGGCAUCAGCUCUUAUCCCCUUGGCAUCCUUGACUCAUGGAGUGACGACUCACUUAACUUUUGCGGCUGGAAAGGGGUCACUUGCCGCACAAAGUUUCCACCCCGGGUGGCCUCUCUUAACUUCAACUAUGCUCGUCUCAGUGGGAAGUUAUCUGGAUGCCUGGGCAACUUGACAUUUCUAUCCAGGAUGAACCUUGCCUAUAAUAAUCUUUCGGGAACUAUCCCUGAAGAGUUGGGUAUGCUUCCAAACCUCCAUACACUGAAUCUUGCCGGCAGCUAUCUUCAAGGUAACAUCCCCAUUUCCUUAGGCGCUAGCAAUUCUCUUAGCUAUGUAUAUCUUGCAAACAACACCCUUACCGGUGGUAUUCCUCUCUCAUUGACCGAUUGCUCCUCACUCAGCACACUUAUACUGUCACGUAAUAACCUCUCAGGCAAGAUCCCUUCUACUUUGUUUGAUAAUUCAUCUAAGCUUGCUGUGGUUGAUCUCCAGAAGAAUUCUUUCACUGGUCUCAUCCCACGUUUCCAUAAGGUCACAGCACUCAAAUUUCUUUGCCUGACAGAGAACUUCCUCUCUGGAAACAUACCUCCUUCAAUAGGAAAUGUUUCUUCCCUCACUUCUAUAUUGCUCGGCCAAAAUAAGCUAUCAGGAUUAAUUCCAGAAACUAUAGGUCACACUACAAAACUGCUUGAGCUUGACCUAAGUUUCAACAGUUUAUCAGGGAGUGUCCCGUUGUCUCUUUACAACAUGACAUCACUCAAAUACUUUAGCGUAGGCACCAAUGCCCUUCUUGGACAGAUACCAUCUCACAUUGGUUACUCACUACCAAACCUCCAUUCCCUAAUCCUGGGAAGCAACAAGCUGGAGGGCCUGAUCCCUGCUUCACUAGCCAACAUGUUAAAUCUUCAAAUACUUGAUCUUUCAAACAACUCGUUACAUGGCUCUAUGCCAUCUCUUGGUUCGUUGGCAAACUUGCGUCAGUUAGAUUUAGGGAGGAACUUGCUAGAAGCACAUGACUGGUCAUUUCUCACAUCUCUGGAAAGUUGCAGCCAGCUGACAAAAUUGUCCUUGGAAGGGAAUGCUCUGAAUGGCAGCUUACCUAUAGCAGUUGUUAAUCUUUCCCCGACACUAGAAGAUUUAUCGCUUGCAUCAAACCAAAUUUCAGGCUCCAUACCUGUUGAGAUUAGCAAUCUUGUUAAUCUCACUUCACUUAGGAUGGAAAGCAAUUUUCUUUCGGGAAACAUACCUUCUACCAUUGGGAAGCUGCAAUACCUAUAUAUCAUAAGUUAUCAAACAACAAAUUAUCAGGUCUUAUCCCUCCCUCGGUUGGUGACAUUACUCAACUAG